AUGGUGGUCUAUCCACAAGAGGAUCCUUGUUCCUCUACCACCGUGCGGAUUCCCGCCCUCCAGACUGAUCCACCAUGUGAUCCAUCGCAUCGGGCAGAUCCUACAUCAGUGCCUCUUCCUCCUUCACCACCAGCGUCACCACCAGCGUCGCCAUCAGCGACCAUGCCCUUCGAUGUUCCUCUGAUAGAACCAGUGGAACAGAGCGUGGGGCCAGGUGAGUUGGCUGGCUCGGCCCGUUCCAGUCCCAAGUUCAUGGCCAAAUCUCCCGGAGAAGACUCCCCGCAUCCAACUAUACCCGCGAUUUCCACGGCUAUUAGAAGAAAAGAACUCCCCCAGGUCUCCUUCGAAGAAUUUGCCACACGAUUCCGACAAAGCCAGCGCAAACAUAUCCAAAGGAAGCGACUGGAAAAUCGACUGCGCGCCACCAAGGUUUCCAUCGGUGUUUCUGCGCGCAUGAUCCGGAUCGGCAAUACAGUUCAGCGCGGUCUGGUUGAAGCUCUCAAACAUGAUGACAAGGCCAGUUUUGCCGCUCUCUAUCAUACGCUCUAUGAUCUUCAGGAGUCGUGCACAUCCAGUGCACGGCGUGAUGACCGAGAUGAACCGCUGGACGAACGUGAACAAUCCUCGGAGCCUGAAUUGGAUCGCUCCCCGGACCUUUUUAACCAACUGAGCCCUCAAUCCCGGGCGGACUUGCUGGAGAUCUUGCGGCUGGUUCGUUCGGAUCCGCAGUUUCUGGUCGACCGUCUCCGCGGUUUCACCUCAUCACAGCUGGCCUCUUUUACCAACGCAGCCACUUCUUUGGACUCCGGAGACCCUGCAUUUCCAUCUUCUUCGUCUUCUUCUUCCCGUUCCUUCCGAAGCCAAUAUUCUUUCAAUCGAAUUCCAGCCCAAUCAGCCUCGUUCAAGGACCAUGCGUAUGCUUUUGAAAGGACCAAUCCGCUUUCUAUCUUGCUUUCCAACGUUUAUGCCGCCCCUUUGGAGUCCGGGACACCGGAGUUUACAUUGCGACUAGACAUGUGGUCUUCCGUCUGCGCUCAACUAAUGUCCCAGGGUAGCAGUAAAUUCUACCCUCUCAUUGGGCAAGUUUUGUCUGCUUGGGCCACCUGUAGCAACUGGAAAGCCCGUCCCAAGUUUGAACUCUACCUUAUGGAUAUCCUGCAGACAGGCGCUUUUCUUUUGGAGCAUAUAGAUACCCCUGCCGGUUUGGACUUUGCUGCCGAGGCUCUGGAUCCCCUUCGAACCGAUGUCGCCGAGGAAUUCUUUGCUUCUGCCGUGGAUGACCUAUUCCGUGUUCUCGAUGACCCCGAUGGUGGCUUUCCUUCUACAGUCCUCCAAUUUGCUAAAGCUGUGCUUUGCAAAUUGGACAGUCUUGACACCCGCAGUCGUUUCCUUGAGUAUCUUUUUGUUCAAUGGUUCUUUCCAAAGUUCCUCUACAGCGCCUUGACCUAUCCAGAGGCACACGGUUUGUUACUCGACUUUCAUAUCCGAAAAGAUGCUCGUGAGAAGCUACUUGGGCAAGUUGGGCUGAGAGCUUAUUCUCAAGUAUUCGCUGUUUUGCGUUCUAUGAACCAUUUUUCCAUUCUUAGGCCAUCCGUCAAACAGCGUGUGGAUAGCAUGAUUUCACGCUUCCAACCCCCUUCAUCUACUGAGCUCCCAGCGAUGAACUUUCUGACACCAUUACUGGGAAAUGACCCGUCAACGUUCCUUUUGCUUUCUGCCAGUGAUAUACUUACACUACUAGACGCUCUUUUCCCACGCUCCGCCUCCACAUUACACUCCCCCCAGGAUUCAGCUGGUUUCUCUUCUUGGGCUGCUAGUCUAUCACCUACCUAUAGCGUUCGUCCAGAGUCCCAUUAUGAGCCUGGUUUCUUCCGGUCGACCCAUGAUGCAGACAGACGCCCCACCUCUCGAGGGAGCUCUAUAUUUUCCACAGAGACUUCUUCUGUGUCUACUCCCGAGAGUAGAAUCGGGCAAGCUGCCGCACGUAUACGCUUCGAACUGUCUGGUUUGGACGAAUCAACCGAGCGCUCACGGUUGGAAGCUCCUUCGGGUGAGCAUUGGACGAUUUUCUCGGUCGCUCAGGAUGGUCGCGGUCUCACAUGGAGCCUACUUCCGGAUUGUGGAUCACGAAGAACUUCUGUGAUUGAAAGUGACGAUGACGUCCAGUCUACCAGUCUUGGUCUAGAAGAGAACUACGAGGCGCUCCAAACAGCCAUCAUUCGCCUUGUUCAAGAAGAUCAAGUCUAUGAUUCGGAUGAUACCAACCGCUAUGCAACAUCUUUCCAGCCUUUAUCAAAAUCGCUGAAGCAACGCUUCAACCAAGCCAUGUCUUCUUCUCACCACUUAUCUGAUUUUGUGGGUGCACACUAUUGGUGGAACGCCUCACGCCAACUUCGACAAGGCAAUACCGUCGAUUCAUCGCCUAUGGGAGAUGAUUCAUGGAUUCUCGGCCCAAUGCACAACUCAUGUAGUCGUUCCUUGACUCGAUCCCGCGUCAUCAUCGACCGCUGUGAAGGUGACUUUGUGUCACUGGGCAAGAACCUCCGCCGUCUACAAACACAUGUCAAGAGCUUAAUGACGACUAUCUCUAAACUUCGCAAUAAAAUGUGGUACAUGACCGAUGUCAAGAAUUCGAUGAGGAACCGCGCUCUCGUGCCGGGGCCCGUUCAUUGGGGGGGCUCCCUAUUCCAAAAACCGGAAGUUCAAGUGAUGAAUAUGAUGAAAGCACCAAGCAGCCAGGGUGGUCCGAAGAAACUAUCAGAUGAGCAAGUGGAGCUCACUCGCAAGUGGCUGGCCCACAACGCAAUUGAUAAUUUCUGCAAAGGCGAAGAGCGUAUCCACAGAUUCUGUUACGAAGUCCGAACAAGCAUCAAUCGCCUCGUUGGCGAGACAAUGGCAGAAACUCCUGUCCUGUGGGCCAGUGAAUUAUUUCAAAGAGAGCGAGCAAAGUAUGAGGGCUACGGUACUCAUUCUUUCCCGGGGCUGUCCAUGCCGACAACGCCUCGGCCUUCGACUACCGCAAGUGAGGAUCCCAUGAAUACGAGUCAAUUAUAUGGAAGCAACAUGCACAUGCCCGAGUUUGCACCACGGUUUUCCCAUGAAACCUUGUCCAUGGGCCGGAGGCCGUCCAUUCAGAGCAUUGGCUCGGAUAAAACUCGUGCUGCUCGUGACCUUCCUUCCAUUGAUAUAUCAUCCAUUGCGGGAUCUCCAGGUCGUGCAGCAUCGACGUCGACUGGUGAUACUUGCAGUACUUUUUGGUCUGCACCGCAGCGCCACCCUCUGUACGCUAACAGCGUAUCAAGUGUAUACUCACGACCUCCUUCAAUGUUCAGCGAAACCGCAACGCGACAACCUCGCCGCUCUGAACGCAAGACAGUUGGGAAAUCAGUAUUCAUGGACGACCUGCGGCAAACCUUGACCAGUCUACUUCUCAGCGAUCUAGGUUCUCCAGUUUGGAGCUGUGGCAGUGAAACAGAUGCCUGGUUCACUAACAAACUCGACGAGACGCGUGUCAGGGUACAGAUGCAAAGACAUGCCGCCGUGGAGAAGUUUUGGGCGGAUUACGAAGAGCGCUCGAAGCUUGCCAGGCAACACCGCCAAAGAAACGGCAGGCGACGUAGCGUAUCUCUUGAGUCUCUGGUUACUCGCCACAGGAGUUCUACAAGCGAUGAAUCGCCUCUUAAUCUGGACCAAGACUCGAAUCAAGAUGACCAAUCUGCCUUUUCAUACAAGGCAGUCUUCCACCGUUUGAUCGAAGUGUUCUCUCGCCAUGGAAAUCCUUUUGUCAAACUCAAUGCUCUACGAGACCUAAAGGUCCUUGCUCCUUCCCGCAACAUAUACUCUAGUGGUGCUGAUCGUUUACAAAGCCCCCGCCAACCGCGACCCCGAGCUACUCGCCACAGUUUCUCGGAGGUGCGACCAGCAGAGCUAGCUUCCCUAGAUCCAGAAUCUGCUUUCACCUCGGUCGAUUCAGUCACCUGCGAAUCACGCUCAUCAGACUACUGUCCCCCGUCCGAGGAUGAGAUCGUGGCUACCUUACGUGAUCUGAUUCUAGAGGUCAAGCCAAAGACCCUCUUCCGAGACUUGCAGUUUAUUUCUGCCUUUGUUCCUAGCGAUCAUUUAAGCAAAACCGACCGGGGUACAGCGUUCCUUCAAUUUGGCCUCGCUGCUUUGAGUCUUAAGGACGAGGUCUGCAAUGCCAUGGUCGAAAUUGCGGACCGUAUUGUCUCACAAGAGCUCAUGUGCCGGCACCCGCUUCCUGGAUCCGACUUCUAUCCUCGGCCUAGCCACGCCAUAGAAGAUGCAGCGGCGAUGUGGAUCGUCACCGCCAAAGAGGGCAACCCAGUCGCUCAACGCGAGCUAGCUAUCCUCUACUUAACUCAUCCAGAACGUCUUCCUCGGGUCACGCUACCACUCACCUGUCCGCGGGAUACGUUCAAAGCUGAAAUGAUGUACAUGCGCGGUAAAGACUCGAAGUCGGACCCUCAAAGUAUGUGUUUGGCACUGCACUGGAUGCAGCUGUCGGCAAAUGGAGGGGAUAUCCUCGCCCGCAAUCGUCUCCGUGAGCGAGAGGAGUUUGAUUCUAUUGCCUGA